AAUGUAUGCGGUAAUUGGCCGGCGGCACGGUAAAAUCCUCUCCGGCGAUUUGACCCAGGGCAGCGGCAACUUCGCGGUCACCUGUCUUCUGCCGGUGAUCGAGUCGUUCAACUUCGCCCAGGAGAUGCGAAAGCAGACAUCUGGCCUGGCCUGUCCCCAGCUCAUGUUCAGCCACUGGGAGGUGAUUGAUAUCGAUCCCUUCUGGCUGCCGACAACCGAGGAGGAGCUGAUGCACUUCGGCGAGAAGGCGGACUCCGCCAACCGAGCCAAGGUCUACAUGGACAGCGUCCGGCGAAGGAAGGGCCUCUUCGUGGACGAGCAGGUGGUGGAGCAUGCGGAGAAGCAGCGCACCCUCUCCAAGAACAAGUGAUUCGGUUGGCGCCACCAAGACGGCCUCCUUUGGACCAAUAAGUCCACUCUCCUUCUCGGGAACUUCUGGAACGGCCAGUGAGUUCUUGCCCAACACAAUGUGAAUGCAAC